AUAAAUCCUCCUUCUUCCCCCACCUCCCCCACUCACUCCACUAUCCAGAUCCCCCACUUCGCCGCGCCGAUCCCCAAUCCAUCACCGGAGAAAACACGCGAAAGGAAGGAAGGAAGGAGAACCAUGAGCGCCAUGGUCGCCUCGUCGCUGAAGCUGAACCCGGACGCCCCGCUCUUCGUGCCGGCGGCGAUCCAGCAGGUCGAGGACUUCUCCCCGCAGUGGUGGGACCUCGUCAAGUCCACCGCCUGGUUCCGCGAACACUGGUACCACGAGCACCAGCAGCUCGACGACAUGGCCGACUCCCUCAACGCCUUCGAGACCGCCGACCACGACGACGACGACUUCAACGGCCUCCUCCUCCCCGACGCCAUCGACGACGAUGACCAGGACGGCCUCUUCUACGGCAACACCACCUCCACCACCCCCCAGGCCGCGCGCCCAACCGUGACACUCACCACUGGUACGCUACGAACCACACCCACUAUCCUCACACGUUUCACCCCUCACAUAACACUGAACAAGAAUGCUGUGCUCAAGGCCCUGGUGUCUCCGAAGGGUGGCGACGCACCCAAGGGGUUCCCGGAGAAGCCGAGGUACACCGAGAAGGCCACCAAGUACGCCGGCAGCCCGAGCCCGAGGGGCGGAGCCGCACCCCGCUUCAUCCACCAGCCUCGCGGCUAGGCUGCAAGCUUCAAGAAGUCGCUCCUGCCUGCCUGCCUGCUGCCACCGUGUGGUAUUUCUUCAAGUUCCUUCUAGUGUCAGUAGCAGUGGUGUCCCUUUGUAUAUUACUACCAAGUAGAAAUGACCCAAGAAAAGAGCAGCCAAAUGCAGACUGCUGCUGUUGGUUAGCGUGAUCGUCGCCCUGUAAGUUAUCUUCGUCGGCCCAGUACGUGUGUGUGCGUGUGUGUGUUAGGGAAGGCUCCAAAAGAGGAGGGAGCAGAAGAACGUAGUGGAAUGCGCCCUUUGUCAAUGUCUGGUGUGCCAUGGCAGGCAGCUUAAUGUUAAUUACUGUUUAGCCUUGUUUAA